UAGUGCGCACGUACCUAACGCACAUACACACGUUCGGCCGUGCAGAGUGGGGUGAGCCCCGGUGCGGAGGGCGUGCGCUUCGUUUUCCAUCGAGAUCGUGAAAGUUCACGGUAGCGAGUGGCCGGACCACAUAGAAAGAGAGAGUGCUGAGAAUAUGCUGAUCCCGUGGCCGGUGGAAAUCGAGCGCAACACCCGUCGAUCGAUCAUUUGCUAAUUAACUGCCGUGGUUAAGGUACUUGGACGUUGGACAGGUGACCCGCUUUGCCAGGACAUCGACACUGGAUGAGAAUCCUUGGCCAGGCCAGUUAUUAUCGUCCCGGCUCCUAGAAGGCUCCUUGGUCUAGCACGUUGACUGUUUCGGAAGAAGAGGCAAGCAAGUGCACAGGGGAACGUCUUCGUCAGUGAAACGUCUUCUCCAGCAACUAUAUUGGUUUCCUGGAAGUCAAAGUGACUUGUUCGACGAAAAGAGAGCGCACGGCGGUAUCGUCUGGCCCACAAGACAGAUUUAAACGGGAUCACGGACGGACCCCGACUGGCGGGGGUUAACAUCAUCGGGACGGCAGAUGUCAGGAUGCCGGAGCAGAGCAACGACUAUCGCGUGGUGGUGUUUGGGGCGGGCGGUGUCGGCAAAAGCUCUCUCGUGCUGCGUUUCGUGAAAGGAACCUUUCGUGAGUCCUAUAUACCCACUAUCGAGGAUACGUACAGACAGGUGAUAAGCUGCAAUAAAAACAUAUGCACGCUUCAAAUUACGGACACAACGGGGUCUCAUCAGUUUCCCGCGAUGCAACGGCUCUCCAUAAGCAAAGGUCACGCCUUCAUCCUGGUGUACUCGGUGUGCUCACGGCAAAGCCUCGAGGAACUACGACCGAUCUGGGCUAUUAUUAGGGAGCUUAAGGGACAGGACGUAUCACAGAUACCUAUAAUGCUGGUUGGGAACAAAUGCGACGAGAGUCCAUCGGUACGCGAGGUAUCGAUGAGCGAAGGAGCAGCAGAAGCCGCGAACUGGGGCUGUGGUUUCCUGGAAACAUCCGCCAAGACGAAUCACAACGUAAAUGCAUUAUUUCGGGACCUGCUGAUGCUCGAGAAGAACAGAUCUGUAUCGUUGCAGCCUGUACAAAGCAACAAUGCGAUCAGUCUAAAGGAAAAAUGCUGCGUAAUGUAACCUAGCAGAAUUAGAGCAGCCAUAAUGGAAAGAAGUCACGGUGCAUCGUGUAUGAAGACGACCAGAAGGAAGAAGAAAAAGAAGGAAAAAGAAGAAGUUAUUCGAAGGACAAAAGUAACAGAAUCAGUCGGCGAUUUCUCGACCCGGCGUGGCAUCGGCCACGGUAGUCUCGACACGACCAGUAGUUAGAAUAGAUUAGAUUUUGCGCGAACGAAAGGGACGAUAGAUAUCCGUGAGACUACGUGUCGUACAGGGUGUAUCUAAUGCUCUUUUUUCAUUAAGAAGCUUAUUCUCGCGCAGAUAAAUAAUUCUCCAGGACGUUUGUGGAUCCUCCAACGAUGAGAUCGGAUAGAUUGUGAGGUUGUGCGUCGGUAAGAGGGAUAAUAACGUGCCGAUUGUUACAACGGUCGAUUCAGAGCAUUAGGGCCGCUUUGUAGUCUCUUUCUAAACCAAACCGUAUUACUAUACUAUUGAUAGAUUUUUUAAUUUUGAUACAGAGCGACGUAACUCGGUCCGUCUUCUAGGUUUCACGAGACCAACGACGCGUUUUUCAUUCUGUACCAGUCGGCUCGUUAAUGGAUCAUUAUACAUUCUGACCAUCCGCUCGACUAUCCCGAGCUUACUAUAUGGAAGGGACACGAUCGUUCUGACCGGCAUAGAACCGAUCUAGACCAAGUAAUCAAUCUGACAAAAAGCGAUCGUCCUUUUCGUGCCCAACGGAACAACGUGGAUUUUCCUUGAAAGAGCAGCCAGUACAAAGCUUAUAGUCUCGACCACGUUUCUUGAUAUGUAUGUAUUAAUGUACGAUGAGAUGUAUACCGAACAGGUUUAACGAUCCAACACAGAAUCAACGCUCUUUCACGAAAAUCUUCCGAGACCGCUGUCCGAGACUACUAACGCGAUGAUCAAUUUCUGGGACUAGUAUCGCAUACAAGUUUUCUCCAUCCGGAGAUGGAGCAUAGGGGCGAAACACAUGCGAACGAGAAACGACAAAAUUAGAUAAAAAGUUGUUACGAGAUUGGUUUUUGUUGAAUAGUUGUAAGGUUUUUGUAACGAUGCUAAUUAGGAUUUAUUACUCGACACAUGUUGGUUGAUACAAUUACAUGUACUUACACACACUUACACAUACACGGACAACACACAGAAGGGCUUACAUACGUGUACCAACACGCAUAAACACACACAGAGUCAUUAGGCACCAUGCGUUUCCCGUGUUGACCCAAAUUUUAGUGUUUUCCUCCUGUAUGUCGUACGCACAGACGUAGGCUAUUAGUGUUUGCGAGGAGACGCUAAUUAAAGGGACUCGCCUCAAAGAGCUCGUUUGUUCCUCGACUCGAGUUUCGUUCAUUUUGCUACUCGCGUUUAUUGUUGCAACCGAGGUUCCUGGGCCGAGUUUGGGCAAACUUUUUCGCUAUGAUAUCUCUGUCCUUCAGUACUACUAUUAUUAUCAGUGAUAAACAAAUAGAGAGAGCAAAGGAGAAUGUCUUAAAACAAACUUUAGGAAUGUUUGCCAAUUUCUUCAAAAGUAGACAUUAUGAGUGUUAUCAGCUUGAAAAAUUUGCCCUGACUGUCCAGCUCAUCUUUGUUGGAGCGACCGAUUACUAUAGUUUCCUUUGUAUUUAACUGUUAUUCGAUGACGUCUCUGUAUCUGUGGGAGCCAAAGCUUCCUUUCAUUUAAGAAACGCAAUGGAGGCACGAGUGGGUGAUAAAUUAGUCUCUAAUUUGGUCGGUAGAGUAACUGCUUGUUUCCAGCGAACAUCAACGAAUUAUGGUUCCAGCCAUUUUAUACGUGGUCGUUGUUUUGUCUACUCGUGCCGGCGUUCAAUCAUCGUACCGAUAGCUUUAAGAAACAAACGCUGUAAUUCUGUCUAACGCGUUAACGGGAUAAAAUACGUUGUCCCACUGAUAUUACGAUAGACAAACGAUCAAUGACAUUACCAUGAUCAUUAUUAUUAUUGUCGAAUCGCGAAUUACUGGGCGGUUGUUUCACGAAAGGAACACACAUAUCCUGUAUUGUAACCGUGAACAUACAAUCAGGUACGUGCGUGCACAAGUUAAGGAAUGAGGGCCGGUUUCAUGUCGAUUCAUCGUUUCUUAAACUUCAUAUUGUCGUUUAAAUCUAAUUU